AUGCUGGAGGAGGCUGAAGUGCGUGCGGGAAAGAUGAUGUGUCGAACAAACAGUACACCUCCCCCGGGCAGUCCGGCCGGCUCGGAUAUCUCCGUCGGUUCGCCGAGCCCCCCGCCGCUCGGCAGUGAAUCGGUGGGGCACCCGCACCUCACUCACCCUCACCCACUCGCCGUGACGCAUCUGGUGCAGGCGGCCGCGACCCACCACCCACUAGUGGUGCACCCCCACCAUCACCACCCACACCACCCACACCUCCCGCACCACCCGCACCCGGCGCUCCAUGGUCGAGCCGAGGACUACUUCACCCCACUGAAGCGGUUACGGAUGGUGGACGGGAGCAGCACCGGCGGCAGCCCGAGCGGAAGUCCGAAGGAGUCGACCAGCCGCGGCUCAAGUCCUCCCACGCCGAUCGGCGCGAUGGUCACCACCAACACGACGACCGGCUCCAGCACCACCAUCCCCACCACCACCACCACCGCCGGUGUCACCAACACAACCAAAGCCGUCGCCGGAGCCGGUGCCGGUGCCGCGACAGCGGCCGAAGGCGUCAAGUCCUUCUCGAUCGCCGACAUCCUGGGCCGCGAUGCGGACGCGACCGGGCGGGGUGAAACCGGCCGGGAACCGAGCCCCCCGUCGGCCAGCCUACAUCAUCCGCACCACCACCUCCACCUGUCACCGCACCAUCCGGCGGCCCACCUAGCGGCGGCGGCAGCGGCCGCGGCCCAUCACCAGCAGCACCAUCACCACGGGAGCACCCUGCAGCAGGCGGCUUCGAAGAUUGUGCGGCCUUGGGACCAUCUCCGCGGCCCCAUCCCGGUCCGACCGUUCCUACCCCCGGCGCUACUCCACUACGAGCAUCGGUUGGCGCUCGAUUACCAUCAGCAGCUGCAGGAGCACUUCCGGGCGCAGGCACAGCUCCUGCGGCACAUGAGCAUGGACAUCAUCCCGUCCGAGAGUGGCUCGGAGCGGUCCAGUUCGGCCGCCAGCGAUUGCUGUUCGCCGGAAAUUGGACGCGGAUCGGACCACCAGAGUCACCAGUCGUCGCAGUCCUCGUCGUCCGGUGUCGGCGGUGGCUCGGCGGCCGUGGAGGGAAGUGGCCGAAGCGGUGGCGGAGGUGGUGGCACUGGUGGCGGCAAGUCCGGCAAUGGUAAAACGGCCCCGAACGGCACCCCGCUGGACGCGCUGUUCCAGAUGACCAACAAAAACUUCGACGAGACCAGCGAAGAAAGUGGUAGGUACCAUCUUGGUUUGUCCUUCGAUCGGAAGGAUCCGAAGCGUAAGCGGCAGAGAAUGACCGCGUUCACGAACCAUCAGAUUUUCGAGCUGGAAAAGCGGUUCCUCUACCAGAAGUACCUGUCGCCGUCGGACCGGGACGAGAUUGCGGCCGCCCUCGGACUCUCCAAUGCACAGGUCAUCACGUGGUUCCAGAACCGGCGGGCCAAGCUGAAGCGCGACAUGGAGGAGUUAAAAAAGGACGUCGAGACGGUGAAGGUGCUGUCGGCGCACAAAACCUUCCUGGAGAACGUGAACGACAUGAACAUUCUGAAGAAGAAAAUCAUGCACGACGACGGUGGCAGUCCGCAGAAGUAA